AUGCUGCAAAUUAUUCUGCUUCUCCUGCCUGGUGUUGUCAGUGAUAAGUGGAGUGUGGGUUAUCCUCCUCCGAUCUGUGCUGCAAGGGGAUCCAAUGUCACUAUUAACUGUACAUUUAUUUAUCCACAUGAAUAUACCGUAACACAAGUGAAAUGGUGUUCAAUGAGAUCAAACUUUGACAAAUGUCACAAUCCACCAUCUGUUUAUGAUAGUGAAGCAAACAGUAAUCAAAGAAACUUUCAAUACAUUGGAAACAAAACCUCGGAUUGUUCACUUUUGAUCAGUAAUAUUAAUCAAGCACAUUCUGGAGUGUAUAAAUUUAGAUUUAUAACCGAUAAGACAGAUGGACAUUGGACAGGUGAUCCUGGAGUGGAUAUUUCAGUACACGAUUUAAGCGUGUCCAUGUGGAGGUCAAGAGAACAUGGAAGCACAAUACCUGGAGACUCUUUGAGUCUGACAUGCACUCUCAACUGUUCUGGUAGUUUAGCCGAGGUUCAGUGGUUUAAGAAUGGUGAUCCGAUUCAACAGUCAGAUCCCGUCCUCACUUUCAGCAGAAUAACCGCUAAAGACUCUGGGAAUUACUCUUGUUCUUUGAGAAACUUUAAAACAACUGUGUCUGAAGAAUUUACCAUUUACAUUGAAGAUGUCGCCUGGUGCCCAACAGUUCUGAUUAUUGUGGUGUCUUUAUUCUCCCUUGUCUUCAUCACUGCAGCUGGGAUGCUUAUAAGAAGGUAGGACAUUUAGAUUUGUUUGUACU